ACGAGGCAGGGCUGGGGGCGGAAGCGGCUCGCACUCCGGGUGCUGCCAUGCCUGGAGACCACCGUCGCAUCCGCGGGCCCGAGGAGUCCCAACCACCUCAACUGUACGCGGCGGACGAGGACGAGCCGCCUGCCCCCCGCGACCCGACACGGCUGCGGCCUGUGUACGCGCGCGCCGGGCUUCUGAGCCAGGCCAAAGGGUCGGCCUACCUGGAGGCGGGCGGUACCAAGGUGCUGUGCGCCGUGUCUGGCCCGCGCCAGGCCGAGGGCGGCGAGCGCGGCAGUGGCCCUGCUGGAGCGGGCGGCGAGGCCCCGGCCGCGCUGCGCGGUCGCCUGCUCUGCGACUUUCGCCGCGCACCCUUCUCGGGCCGCAGACGCCGCGCGCCCCCGGGCGGCGGCGAGGAGCGCGAGUUGGCCCUGGCGCUGCAGGAGGCACUGGAGCCGGCUGUGCGCCUGGGGCGCUAUCCGCGCGCGCAGCUCGAGGUGUCGGCGCUGCUGCUGGAGGACGGCGGCUCGGCGCUGGCCGCCGCGCUCACGGCCGCGGCGCUUGCCCUGGCCGACGCGGGAAUUGAGAUGUACGACCUAGUGGUKGGCUGUGGCCUGAGUCUCUCGCCGGGACCCUCGCCCACCUGGCUGCUGGAUCCCACGCGGCUCGAGGAGGAGCGCGCCGCCGCCGGUUUCACCGUGGCGCUUAUGCCGGUGCUCAAUCAGGUGGCCGGGCUGCUGGGCAGCGGGGAGGGCGGCCAGACCGAGAGCUGGGCCGAGGCCUUGCGCUUGGGCCUCGAAGGCUGCCAGCGCCUCUACCCCGUAUUACAGCAGUGCCUGGUGCGGGCAGCCCGCCGGAGGGGAGCGGCCUCCGCAUCCUGAGUUCCAAGCCUGAGCACCAACAAAUGGAGUGCUGCUGCUGUUCUUGAAAGACCUGUGCGGUCGGUCUCCUGCCUCCACCCAGCUAAGAAUCUGGAGCACAGGAGAGGAGGUCGAGACAUACACACAUGWACCGAUGCACUGGACAGCUAUGUUUGAAUGACUUUUUUUUUACAAACUGUUCUAUUAAAGGUACUUUGCUACUUGAGCUGGCACCCAGUUACGAUCCAACUGAAGAAACCUAUGGAAGCAGCCUUACUCCCAAGUUGAAAAGGACUUAAGCUGGACUUAUCUGAAAAAUGACAUCUGGAGCUAUGGCCUUUUAAGAGAUGAACCCUGUAUAGGCCAGCUAUUGACUCUUUCCAAUAUAACUGGGCUACUCUUAAGAGGAUGAACAAGGGGGCAGUGCCUCAAUAUCUUACCUAAAACAUAACAAAAAAACUUUUUUUUAAAAUGUUGUAGAAACGUCUUCUGUUGUGGUUCUUUAAGUACCAGAGUAGGGGCAGCUGCUGAAAUGUAAUAAGAAUGGGGAAAGUUGAAUGGCCCYGGGUACACCCCUACUCAGGUUUAGAGCCAGAUAAGAUACAAAUCRGGGUUGGGUUUGGAAAGGAUUGUACUUUGGAUGGAAGCAAGAUCUUGUCAGCAUAACCACAGGCCUCCAUUGCUGAUGAGAAGUGGGGUCCUGGGCUGCCUUCAUCUGGUGCCCCUGGGAGCAAGACCCUGAGCAGUGUGGCCUGGGGAGAUGGCAGAUGCACUGCCAAGAGUGAGAAUUCUUAGAUACAACGCCUCCUGCCCGACAGCCUCACCUUCAGAUACAGCCCCGCUAUUCUAUAGGGCAGAGCUAGCUUAACUGACCAUGAAGAUGGGGUCUUCAGACCUGGAUUAAAGGAAGCUAGGAGACUUGUUCAGGAGGCAGCACAGCCUUUUCCCCUCUGUACCCUAGUUUGGUAUGAGCUUUGAAAUUUGAGGGUAUCAAGGACCUGUUCAGCCUCUCUCCUGACUGCCUAGGACAGCCCAGAAUAAAUUUGAGACCACAAUAAGAAUCCCCAACCAGGAAGGAGAUAUACAAAUUUUAAUGUUUCCCUUCUGACGUAAUACAUUUUGUGAGGCAAACCUGAAAUAUGUGGUGUCAUACUAGCAAGAAACUAUGAAGCUGGACACAAAAAUUAUACCCCUAUUCUGAAGCAUGGGUUCAUAGAGUAGAUGGGGAGUCUGGAACUAAAAGGGGCUAGGUGGGGCACACACAGGGUCUUACAACUUAGUGUCAGACUGGAGGCACACACGUGUUUCAACACCUGCUGGAGAAAGCUGGGCUGGCUGCUGCAUGUGCUCCAUAGUACUGUGAUUUGUGGCUCAUGGGGAGGUGGCACCUGAGCCAUAUCUGCAUCCAGGGAACCGUGAUGCUGCUCCCUACAGUACCCUGUCAACUGCCUCCUCCCAGACAGCCUCACCUUCAUAAGAAUGGUGAGCUACUGCUGGGCUGUCCGGGAGCUCAUCUGAAAACCCUCUCCAAAGCUAAACCCACCACUAUGGGGAGACUCAGCUGGCCUGCCUGACCUGUGCCUCUUCUUCCAUUACUCAGAAUGGGUGCCUCAGGUUGCCUGGAUGCACCUAGGAGGCCUUCGGAAAAACAGGCAAGGAAGGGAGCCACCCAAGAAGGUGCAUGAAACUGAUGAGCCUGGAAGGGUUCCCACCUACUGGCUUCCCUCUUGGUAGGGUGCUUGAUUCUUCAUCUGUAGAAAAAAAUAAAAAGAUGGGUCUGGGGUGGUGGCUC